AACCACUUUGGAUUUUGGACAAGCUUCUCUCCUCCAUGGCUUCUUCCUUGCUUCCUCCCACUGCCUUUCUCAACAAGAACCCUUUUUUUCCCAAACACACAUCCCUCAACCCCUUCAUCCUACCCUUAAAGCCUCCCAGGCAUGCUGCAGGCAGGUGCAGCGCCCUAAUUCAAGACCUCCUCCCUCAAAAUUUCCCAAACUUGGAGUUGGAUGCGAACAGCCCACUGUAUCCAUUUGCUCGGUAUGGCAUUGCCCAGCUCAGGGCCGCUUUUGCAGGGCUUCCAGAGAUAGAGAGAUGGGAGAUUGUGGCCUUGGUUGUGCUCAUCUGGGUCUACUUGACUGUCAGGCCUGGGGUUCUUAUUGGGGCCGUGGAUGCCUAUGUUUUUGCCCCAUUGCAGCAGGGGAUUGAUAGCUUGCUGGGAAGGAGGAGCCUCAAGAUGGGUGAUUUCGUUGUGGGAGAUAAGUUGGGCGAGGGCUCGUUUGGGGUUGUGUAUUAUGGUGCCAUUGUAGACAAGAAUGGGGGGGUGGAAGGUGGUGUGAGGAAAAGGGGAAGGAGAGUGGACAUGGAUCGGAAGUACAAGGAAAGGGUUAUCUUGAAGAAGGUUAAGGUUGGAGUUCAAGGAGCUGAAGAAUGUGGCGAGUUUGAGGAAUGGUUCAAUUACCGUGUAGCAAGAGCUGCUCCUGAUUCAUGCGCUGAGUUCCUUGGAAGUUUCAUUGCUGAUAAGACAUCAUCAGAAUUCACCAAAGGGGGCAAGUGGCUUGUUUGGAAAUUUGAGGGAGAUCGAACCUUGGCUGAUUACAUAAAGGAUAGGAACUUUCCAUUCAAUUUAGAAUCCAUCAUGUUUGGCCGUAUCCUCGAAGGAGUUGACUCAGUAAAACGAAGUGCACUCAUUAUUAAACAGAUCAUGAGACAGAUAAUAACUUCUCUGAAGAGGAUUCAUGAUACAGGAAUUGUCCAUCGAGACAUAAAACCGUCUAACUUGGUAGUCACCAGCAAAGGGCAGAUCAAGAUUAUAGACUUUGGCGCAGCCACAGACCUUCGAAUCGGCAAGAACUACGUGCCUGACCGAGGUUUGCUUGAUCCCGAUUAUUGUCCUCCUGAAUUAUAUGUUCUUCCAGAGGAAACACCCAAACCCCCACCAGAACCCAUAGCUGCCAUUUUUUCUCCAAUACUAUGGCAGCUCAACAGCCCUGAUCUUUUCGACAUGUACUCAGCAGGAAUAACACUGAUGCAAAUGGCAAUUCCAAAAUUGAGGUCCACUUCAGGUCUGAAGAACUUCAAUGCUGAGCUGAAGGGAGCUGGCUAUGAUCUGAAAAAAUGGCGCGAAACUACUCGUUCGAGGCCGGACAUGCAACUGCUCGAUCUAGAUUCUGGUAGAGGGUGGGACUUGGCAACGAAGCUAGUUUCAGAAAGAGGGUUUUUAAGAAGGGGCCGGCUAUCGGCCGAUGCUGCUUUGAGGCAUCCUUACUUCUUACUAAGUGGUGAUCAGGCAGCAGCUGUGCUUUCAAAAUUAAGCUUGACAAAGUAGGUGUUUCUUCCAUGAAUCUACUUUCAUUCCAAAACAUCUAUACAAAUGUUGUCAUCUUUUCUCUUGCACCUCAACACAUCCUGUUCAAUAUUCAGUCGGCUGUUGCCUCUUCAAAUCAAUUCUAAACUUUAGCCAUUUUGAGUUGAAAGAUUGCCCGUUGACUGGUGAA